GCUUCAUGCCUCGUGGCUGUGUGUUUUUAACCAGUGACAUAACUAACAUGUCUCGUUCGACAAAUGCAGUGGAACUAAUUAGGGACAGCACAGCCAUUCCACCAUGUUGUGAGCAUGGUCCUGCGUUGCUCUUUAGACGUAUUGGAACAGAAAGCAAAAAUGACGGCCGUUCCUUUUAUGCAUGUUCUGCGAGCAGGGACAGGAAGAAAUGCCGCAUGUUUCUGUGGGAAGAUGAAGCGUCUCGUUCCCUGAACUCGAAAACGUGGGAAACCGUAAGUAGACGCGUCCUUCCGGAGGCGUCCCAUCCCAAACUCUACAAACGAUAUCUUGCUCUAUCGCGCUACCCAGCAUCCCAGCGCAUUUUUUGUUGUCAGAAGCUAAUUCUACAGUCGGAAAUGAAGCAGCACAAGUCUCACAGUGCACGAGUACAGAUCACAGACGCUGCACUGCGCAGGCCGAGCCACAUAAUCAACGUGGAUACCUCAAACACUACCAAAGCGCAGUACUUUUUCAGGCACGACUGUGUGAGGUUCGUCACAGACUUGCUGAGGAGCCGCAAAUACAGGCAUGUUGUCUGCAUCGGAACUCCAACGAUCCACGAGCACCUCCGCGAGCACUGCGACGAUGUCGACAGCCUGCUUCUCGAUAUCGAACAGGCGUACGAAUGUUUUUACAGUGAGGACGAAUUUUGUUGGUAUAAUAUGUUCAACCACUUCUUUUUCCGCGGAAGUCGCGCAGAGACUGCACUGAACAGACGACUUCAAGAAGCAACUUCGUGCGCCGUUCUUGUCGACCCACCGUUUGGUGGUCGUAUUGAUGCCAUAGCGUUUACGUUAGAGAAAAUACGUGCGACCGCUCGCGACCCGUCAGCUUUAAAUAUUUUCUUAUUUUUUCCUUAUUUUAACGAAAAGCAGAUAUGCGAGAACAUGCCUACGCUUCGCAUGCUAGAUUACAAGGUCGAUUACGAGAACCACGCAGAUUUCAACGAGACCAGAGCAAAGGGGUCGCCUGUGCGAAUUUUCACGGAUGUGCCUCUGAGCUGUAUACCGCUGCCGUCCGAGAGCUACAGAUAUUGCGAGAAGUGCACACGCUGGGUCGCAAUGUGCAAUAGGCACUGUGACAUUUGUGGUGAUUGCACCGCGAAGGAUGGGGGACAAUACAAGCACUGCAACAGUUGUGGAUCCUGCGUAAAACAAUCUCACAAACACUGCGACACAUGUGGUAGCUGCCGCCCUGAGCAACAUAACUGCACUGCGAGUGUUCUAGAAUGUUUUCGGUGCAAGAAACGUGGACACAAAAGCAAGCAGUGUCCAGAGAAGUCGGAAGGAACUCCUGAGAUGAAGAAAAAGAAGAAGCAAUGAAGUAGUGAAAGUGAUCUUGUCAAGAUCAAAUUCGUACAACUUGGGG